GAAAAAUAACUUCUUUGAUAAAUCGCUUUUCGUUCUUCGUAUUUAAUCUAGAAUAAACUAGAAGAGAGAAGCAUAUAAUAAUAAGUUAUUAUUUAUAUUGCUACUGCUUCACUAUUUCUUAUUAUUGCAGGAGUUAUCUCAGGGUCAUCUGAAGUAGAGCAUUCAGUUGGAUUCUCUUAGUGAAAGGUACAAAAUUUACGUGCUGGUUCCAAGGAAUAUAGACAUGGAUUACUAUGUGGGUGUUGAUGUAGGAACAGGAAGUGCUCGAGCUGCUCUAGUGUCUUCUACAGGAAAGAUACUGAAAAUGACGACAUGCCCACUUGAAAUUUUCCACCCUGCUCCUAAUUUUUAUGAACAGUCAUCUGAUAAUAUUUGGAGUGCAGUCUGCCAUGUAGUAAAGUCAGUUGUAGCUGAUAUCUCUGCAGAAUAUGUACGGGGUAUUGGCUUUGCUGCUACUUGUUCAUUGGUAGCAAUUGACAAAACAGGAUCACCAGUCACAGUUAGUCCAACAGGUGAAGAUAAACAGAAUGUUAUAUUAUGGAUGGACCAUAGAGCACAGAAAGAAGCUGAUUUUAUAAAUGAACAAAAUCAUGAGAUGCUUCAGUAUGUAGGUGGGAAAGUAUCGUUAGAGAUGCAAACACCCAAAAUGUUAUGGCUCAAAAAUAAUCUACCUUCAUCUUGGAACCGCGCAGCACUGCUAUUUGAUCUGCCUGAUUUCUUAACCUGGAAGGCUACAGGUUCUGAAUCAAGAUCUCUAUGCUCUUUAGUAUGCAAGUGGAACUACAGCGCUGGUCCUGAUGGUAACAAUAAAUGGGUUGAAGAAUUCUUUGAACAAAUUCACUUAAAAGAUCUUAAGAAAGAUAAUUGGAGGAAAAUAGGUAAUGAUGUGAGGACUCCAGGCCAUCGGGUUGACCAAGGAUUGUCGACAAAGGCUGCUUCUGAAUUGGGACUCCUAAAACGAACAGCUGUGGGAACAUCCCUUAUUGAUGCACAUGCUGGAGGGCUCGGUAUGAUAGGCUGUCAUGUACCCGGUGUAUCCCCUAAAUUACAAAGUAGAUUAGCAUUAAUUUGUGGCACAUCAACUUGCCAUAUGAUAGUUAAUGAGAAGAAACUUUUUGUUAGUGGCGUCUGGGGGCCAUAUUUCAGUGCCAUGGUUCCAGGAAUGUGGUUGAGUGAAGGAGGGCAAAGUGCAACUGGAAAAUUGCUCGACCAUAUAAUUGAUACCCAUCCCGCAACGCCAGGGAUUUUGAAAAGCUUAGGUGGCAAUAAACACAUACAGGAAUAUUUGUCUGAAUUAUUGCAAACGAUAGCUGAUCAAAAGAAUUUGGAAAAUGUUUCAUACUUAACAAAAGAUAUUCAUAUAUGGCCUGACUUUCACGGGAAUCGAUCCCCUUUAGCUGAUCCGGCUCUGAAAGGGAUGAUUUCAGGACUCAAUCUAUCCGUUGAUCAUGAAAACUUGGCACUAUUAUACUUGGCAACGAUACAAGCUUUAACGUAUGGUACGAAGUAUAUUUUGGAAACGUUAGAAGCUGCCGGCCACAAAAUAGAGACUUUAUUAGUUUGCGGUGGUCUAAGCCAAAAUCCACUAUUUAUCCAAAUACAGGCGGAUGUAUUAGGUUUACCUGUACUGUGUCCUAUAGAAAAGGAAUCAGUACUGAUAGGAGCUGCGAUUCUUGGAUCUUAUGCAGCUGGGAGUUUCAAUACAGUAUAUGAUGCUACACAAACAAUGGGAGGAUCUGCAAACAUUGUUAAACCUAAAAACGAAUGCUACAAGUAUCAUCUUCAAAAAUAUCGAGUAUUUCGGAGAAUGGUACAAGAUCAAAAAGAUUACAGAGAUAUUAUGAGCAAAGAAUUUUUAUAACUAUACCAUUACAAGCGCUGUAUCUGUAAUUAUUAACUCUAUAUUAACAGACGUAAAUAAAUAAAAAAAUAUAUUGAACAAUUAUAGAGCAAUCUCAUAGAAUCUCGUAAAUAAUAAAUAAUGCGGAGCAGUGCGCUACUUCUUACACAUUUUUUAUCUAAUUAAAUAUAUUUUGUGUACACGAUUAUUGAAACAUAUUUUAGUUACCUACUUUACUUUUUAUCCUUGUUUGUUAUAAAUAAAGAUAUACAUAAAAAUA